GAGACAGUCGCGUGAUCCCGGACACUCCAGCGGCGACCACCUUGACGCAGACGGUCUGACAGCUUGCCACUGCCCGCGGGGCUCCAUUGGUAGCGUCGAGGGACGUGCACACGUGGAAGCCGGAGGCGGUGCACCCCUGUGCUCCUCCAUCCGAGCUCUUUGGUUCCGCCCACCCGGCAGUCAGUCGGGGACGUAAGAUCUGCCUGCGGAUCGCUAUGCCGCUGCCCGUUGCUCUGCAGACCCGCUUGGCGAAGAGAGGCAUCCUCAAGCAUCUCGACCCCGGAAAAAGGUUCCCCACCCCUGCCUUAUCUGAACCCAGGAACAGGACAGAUUUAGAACCAGAGGAAGAGAUUAUUGCUGAGGACUACGAUGAUGAUCCCGUGGACUAUGAGGCCACCCGCUUGGAGGGCUUGCCACCCAGCUGGUACAAGGUGUUUGACCCGUCCUGCGGGCUCCCUUACUACUGGAAUGUGGACACGGACCUGGUCUCCUGGCUCUCCCCCCACGACUCCAACUCCGUCGUUACCAAAGCGGCUAAGAAGCCCAGGAACAGCAAUCCGGAUGCUGCUGAGGAGAAGUCAGAGCGGAGCCAUGAGAAGUCGGAGCGGAGCCAUGAGAAGUCUGAAAGGAGCCACGAGAAGUCUGAAAGGAGCCACGAGAAGUCUGAGAGGGGCCACGAGAAGUCAGACAGAGAUCGAGAACGUGGCUAUGAAAAGGUGGAGAGAGAGAGAGAGCGGGACAGGGAACGGGACAGGGACCGGGACAGGGACCGUGACCGGGAUCGUGACCGGGAACGGGACCGUGACCGUGACCGUGGGUACGACAAGGCGGACAGAGAAGAGGCCAAAGAACGGCGCCACCAUCGCCGGGAAGAGCUGGCUCCCUAUCCCAAGAGCAAGAAGGCGUCAAGCCGGAAGGAUGAGGAGUUAGACCCAAUGGACCCCAGCGCAUACUCCGAUGCACCCCGGGGCACCUGGUCUACUGGACUCCCCAAGCGGAACGAAGCGAAGACGGGGGCAGACACGACGGCCGCCGGGCCCCUGUUCCAGCAGCGUCCCUACCCGUCCCCAGGGGCUGUGCUCCGGGCCAACGCCGAGGCUUCCCGAACCAAGCCGCAGCCCCAGGAAUAAACCGAACCCUCGUGGUUUUUUUAAUAAAAGCUUUCCGUGGCU